AUGGAGGAACAUCUACGCCACAGUCUCUCAAACCAUCCUCAUGCCUUCCAACACUUGCAUCAUACUCAUAGCGGUUCACCGUCACACCGGAGUGACAGAAUGCCUCCACUAGCCAUCAACGAAGGGACCACCACCGCCCUUGAGCAUGAGCUCACCACCAUUCACCAACACCGAACUGGUAGUUCCAGUGAUGAAGAAAGCCUGCCGCCACGUUACACCUCUGAAAGCGAUCCGUUCCAAUUGGCCUCGAAGCUAAAGACCGAGGAUGAGAUCCGACAGAUGAAGGCCAAUACCUCGCGGAAACGGGAUUCCACCACUGCGAACAAAGGCCGGAGAGUGGGAGACAUAGUGGGAGACACUGCCCGUCUUGGAAAGCAAGCCUUCGUCACCAAGAAGCUACAGGGGUUUUACGAGUCCCAAAAUGAAAACAUCGAGCGCAUGCUGAAACCCGUCGAGGAGCACCGACGUGCUGCCCGCGAGCUGAGCGUCGACAACCGUCUCAAGUACCGGAUUGCUGUCUACGGUAGUUUUGCCGCGAACAUCAUUCUCUCGGUCAUUCAGGUGUACGGUGCCGUUUCGUCCGGAUCGCUCUCUCUGUUUACCACAAUGGCCGACGCCGUCUUCGACCCCAUGUCCAACAUGACCCUUCUGCUGUGCAACAAGGCCGUCAAUCGCGUUGAUCCACGGAAGUUCCCCGCUGGAAAGGCCCGCAUUGAAACCGCGGGCAACAUCUGCUUCUGCUUCCUUAUGACCUCGGUCUCUUUCAUCAUCAUCGCCUUCUCUAUUCGCGAACUGGCAGCGGGCUCCGAGGAAGAAACCCAGUCUUUCCACCUGCCCUCCAUCAUUGCCGUCGCUGUCGCCUUUGCCACCAAACUAGCCCUCUUCUUUUACUGUUGGGCCCUGCGCAACCAGGUCUCCCAGAUCCGCAUUCUGUGGGAGGAUCACCGCAACGAUCUGUUCAUCAACGGGUUCGGUAUUCUGACUUCCGUCGGUGGUAGUAAGCUGCGUUGGUGGAUCGAUCCCAUGGGUGCUAUCAUUCUGUCCGUGCUGGUCAGUGGGCUGUGGCUGCACUCCGCCUAUGGCGAGUUCCAGUUGCUCGUCGGCGUUACUGCCGACACCAAGAUGCAGCAACUCAUCACGUAUAUCGCCAUGACCCACUCUCCUGUCAUCACUGCCAUCGACACCGUCCGUGCAUACACCUCUGGCCCUCGCCUGCUGGUCGAGGUGGAUGUCGUCAUGGACGCGGAGGCAUCCCUACGUGCUACCCACGACGUUGCUGAAGAGCUCCAGAUUAAGCUGGAGUCGCUUCCCGACGUUGAGCGUGCCUAUGUGCAUGUUGACUACGAGACCACCCAUAAGCCUGAGCAUUCCGUGAAAAAGGAGCUCUAA